AUGGUGUUCACGAUGGUGUACUUCUUGAGCCCGGUGCCGACCAUCCUAAAGAUCGCAAAAGCCAAGGACGUGCAAGAGUUUGCUGCAACUCCGUGCGUCAUGGGCGUCUUCAACUGCUCAAUCUGGACAUACUAUUGCGUGGUCACCAUGGAAGCCACGUCCCAGAACCUGACGCCCAACCUGCUGGUGAACGGGCUGGGCGCCAUAAUGUGGCUGGGCUACGUCGCGGUCUUCAUGGCUUACGCAGGGAAGCGGUGCCGCCCCAUCGUGAACCUGUUCCUGAUCACCAUGGUAAUCGAAGCCCUACUAAUAGCCUUCUUUGAAGGUGUUGCGCCCAAGUUGAAUUGGUCCUUCCAUUGGGGCGAUCUACCUUUGAAGUGCAGCCUCAGCGGGCUGCUCUGCGACAUCGUCAACGUGCUGCUCUACGGAUCACCCCUGGUCACCAUGGGCACCGUGAUCCGCACCAAAUCGGUGGAGUUUAUGCCCCUGCCCAUGUCGGUGCUGACCUUUGUGAUCUCCGUCCUUUGGAGUGCGCAAGCGGUGCUCAUCGACAACAUCGCCGUGCUGAUUCCCAACGCACUGGGCAUCCUACUGGGGGCUGCUCAGCUGGUCCUCUACGCCAUUUACUGCAGGCCACCUGAGGAGGCCCGGGACGUGAUGUUGGCCUAG